AUGGUAGUUUCGUUUUUGGUGUUAAGAAAGUGGAGAAGAAAAAUUGUGUCUCCAUCUAACUUAGAUCCAGAUACAACAUUUGAGAGGGUACCAUUCCACGAACUCAGACAAAUAACGAACGGGUUCAGUGAGAGUGCAUUACUUGGCUCCGGAACCUUUGGUUCUGUUUACAAAGGAAUACGAGAAAAUGGGAUGACUUGGGCUAUAAAGGUUUUCGAUUUGCAGCUCGAUGGUGCAUUUAAAAGCUUCGACAGGGAAUGUGAAGUCUUACGGUGUCUUCGUCAUCAUAAUUUGACUAACGUCAUCAGUGCUUGCUCCAAUCCUGACUUUAAAGCAUUGAUACUUGAAUUCAUGCCCAAUGGAAGCCUUGAGAAAUGGCUUUAUUCAGGCACUCAAAUCUUGAACAUCAUCCAAAGACUAGACAUUAUGAUAGAUGUAGCUUGUGGUUUGGAAUAUCUCCACUAUGGUUAUUCAACUCCUGUGAUUCACUGUGAUUUGAAGCCCAGCAAUAUCCUACUAGAUUGA